GCUGCACUUUGGCGGAGGUGGAGGAGGCGACGGGGCACAGCAGCGGCCUCGGCCGUGACGGGCACGUCUGUGCCGCAGUCACCCAGGCGUACCCAGUUCUGGCAGGUUUGUCAGCCGCCAAAUUGCUGUCUGAGUCUGGGGUUAACGUGGUGGUUCUCGAAGCCCGGAACAGAGUUGGAGGAAGGACAUUCACUGUGAGGAACAAUCAAGUUAAUUACGUAGAUGUUGGUGGAUCGUAUGUGGGACCUACCCAAAACCGGAUUCUCCGACUGGCAAAAGAGCUGGGUGUUGAGACCUAUAAAGUGAAUGUCAAGGGCCAUACCAUCCAUUAUAAGGGUGGAAAGUCAAACUAUUUCACAAAUAUUUCCCCUUCAACAUGGAAUCCCUUAGUUUAUCUGGAUUACAAUAACUUGUGGAGGACCAUGGACAAGCUGGGAAAAGAGAUUCCUCUUGAAGCACCAUGGGAUGCUCCACAUGCUGAAGAAUGGGACAAAAUGACCAUGAAAGAGCUGAUAAAUAAGAUUUGCUGGACCAAAGCUGCUAAAGAAUUUGCCACCUUGUUUGUGAAUGUCAAUGUCACAUCUGAGCCUCAUGAAGUCUCUGCGCUCUGGUUCCUGUGGUACGUGAGGCAGUGUGGGGGCACAGCCAGGAUUUUCUCCAUCACCAAUGGGGGCCAGGAGAGGAAGUUUAAAGGAGGUUCUGGGCAGAUAUCAGAGAAAAUAAUGGAACGCCUCAAAGGAAGAGUUAAACUGGAGCAACCUGUGGUCCUUAUUGAUCAGACAGGUGAUAAUGUCAUUGUGGAGACUCUAAACCAUGAGAUAUAUGAGGGCAAGUAUGUGAUCAGUGCUAUCCCUCCGAUCCUGACAACGAAGAUUCAUUACAAGCCUGAACUGCCCCCAAAGAGAAACCAGUUAAUUCAGCAUUUGCCUAUGGGAUGUGUCAUAAAAUGCAUGGUGUACUACAGGGAAGCCUUCUGGGAGAGGAAGGGUUAUUGCGGAUCCUUCAUCAUUGAGGAUGAAGAGUCUCCAAUUGGAAUAACCUUAGAUGACACAAAACCUGAUGGAACUUUCCCUGCCAUUAUGGG